UAUCACUUAACAACAUCUACAUGCACACCAGUUCAAUGCUAGUCGGCGGCCCAAGAUGACGGCAGUCUCUGCGCCUCCAAACGUCCACUCGAUAAUACAAGUCGUAAACGAAGCGAAUUUAAACAAAAUCGAGAGCUUUAUCAACGACUCAGCCUACAGGGAAGCCAUUGAGAACUCGUCUACCUACAACAGCCGACUAUGCAGGGAACGCAGGUUACGGAUGCCUUUUCUAGACUCCCAGACGGGAGUUGCACAAAACCACUCAGCCUUGUUUAUGUCCGCGAGAGAACGUCUUCCAGGCUUACAGCAUGGCCAAAUAUACACAUAUCCGAGCAAACGAUGGCGAAAAAAAAGGAGACAGUAUUUAAUGCAUUACUUUCACCCCAAGAGAGUAAUAAGAGGUGACAUAGAAGAUGGAGUCGAAUGCAUCGAAAGCACUACACUGGGAGGCAACGAUGACAGUAAAGACUCUCUAGCUUUAAAAGAUGAACAUAGUAAAGAUGCCUGGUUCUAUGACGAACAAGACAUGUUAGAUAUGGAUCCGUACGAGGAACCCGAUCCAGAUAGUGAUUUUGAUUACGAAGAAAGUUAUAGUAGUAAAAGGAAAAAAAGAAAACCUAGAGGAGGUGGUCAUCACCCAGCUAGAAGUCAUCCUCCAGCGACUGACAGUCCAACAGGGAAAAGAACAAAAGGUGGAGGUCGCGGGCGAAAAAAAGCUAACUAUGAUGCCAGUGAUUCUGAUAAGCCGUUCGUUUGUGACCUAUGCAGCGCACGGUAUAAAACCAGACCCGGUCUGGUCUACCAUUACGGUCAUUCCCACUCUACUUCCUCCGGCGAUCCUGCUAAGGAACUAAGUCCCAGUCCCGCCGAUGUUGAAUCUCGGAGCGUGGCAGACGCAGUUGCUUCGGACCAGCCAGCUAUCGGCAACAGCAAGGACGAGUCGCAGCAGCCGCACCAGCAGCACCAGCAGCACCAACACAUGGACGGGAAGAAGCCGAAGGCGGCUCAACCGUCGCCCUACUGCGACUUCUGCCUCGGGGACGCGCGCGAGAACAAGAAGACCGGCGGCUCCGAGGAGCUCGUCUCGUGCAGCGACUGCGGCCGCUCAGGUAAGCAACAGCAUCAUCACCCGGAGGAGCGGGCCAAGCGCAAGUACACCAGGCGGGCCAAUCACAAUUGA